AUGCAGGUGUGUGAGACCCCAGGACCACACUGCUUUGCACCCACUCUGGCCUGGCCCCGGGGUUACAUUGUCCCGUCAUUUUCAUUUACUUCUACCCCUGUUACGUCUACCCCUGACUCCAGGUUGGUUUACCUUACUAAUGUCAGUCUGGGAGAGCCAAUCCAGAGGGCAGAGGGGAUUUGGUCCCUGUGUAAAUAUUCUCUCCCUUAUUAUAUUUCUCUCUGCUCUCUAUCCUUCACCCUUCUACUCCCUCUAUCCCUUUACUCUCCCCCCUCUCUCUCCCUGCCCCUCACUGACCCUCCCCCUCACCCCUCUGCAGUCGUGGAUCCUGAGUGUGAGAGAAGCUCGGCCACCAUCUACUUCUGGUACCGCCAGACCCUGAACACUACCAGCACCAUCGCAGACAGCGGCGGCCUGAACGUCAAGAUGACCCUGUCUCUGCUGGUGGCCUGGAUCAUCGUCUGCCUGGCUGUCAUCAGAGGUAUCGCAUCCUCCGGAAAGGCCCCAACCAGUCCAUCAGUGUGUUAUAGUGUGUUCAAGCUGGAGAAGAUGCUGGAGCCCCAGGUGUGGAGGGAGGCAGCCACACAGGUGUUUUCUGCCCUUGGCCUGCUUCGGUGGAGUCAUCACCUUCUCCAGCUACAACAAGAUAGACAACAACUGCCACUUUGACGCCAUGCUCGUCUCCUUUAUAAACCUUUUCACCUCCAUCCUGGCUACUCUGGUGGUGUUCGCCGUGCUGGGCUUCAAGGCAAACCUUAUGAAUGUGAAGUAUGUCAUAGUGUGAGUUCAAAUCAACUGCCCUAUCGGACGUAGGGUAAGUUGAGUCAAAGGGAUAAGUUGAGCCACCCUUGUUUCUAGGAAACCAUACACAAAAUGAAUAAUGUGGCCAAAUAUUUAGGACGAGGUCAUAAUUUCAUAGAGUAUGAAUGAAGAAACCACAUCGAAAAAGUGGUAGGCAAGUUAGGUCCAAAAAACUGAAAACUGGUUUUCACAAAGUCAAAUGAGUGUAUUGUGUUAUAAGUUAUUGUGUCAUGAUGCUUGUAUCUAAAUCAAAGUAUAUAUUUUUAAGAUUGUUUUAUACAUCAGUUGGGGUCUUUAUAAGCCACCAUAUGAGUUCCUAAACCUAGCAUGAAAGUGCAUCCCUGUAGCUGUGUGGGUUAAUAUAGUCAAAAUGUUUGCCUUGGGGUAAGUUGAGCCAAUGGCCACCAUACCCCAUACAAACGAUGAUUACAUUUGGUCAGUUUUAUGCAUAAAACUGAUAGUAUUUUUGCAAUGUGUCAUGCGUAUGAACUCAAGUGCAUUUUAUUGUUACAGAGAAGACAUCAUCAUAUCCUGUGCAUACAGACAUAUAAAGGGCAAUGGUAUC